CUCAUGUUCGAACACAUUGGUUCCUGUUCCUACCGUUAGCAUUUUAGUACACGGGUUCUUCUUCCGGACACGUUAUUGUUGCAUCAGCAUCCAACCAUCCAGCACUGUGGCCAUGUCGACCUCAGGAGAGCCAGCCUUUGAAUAUGGCUUCUUGCUUCAGAUAAAUGAGGAGGCCGCACUGGCAGCGGCUCUGAAUGACUACCUAACGUCGCGCAGCUACCUGGCUGGGUUCAGCCCCUCCCAGGCCGACCAGAAAGCCUUUAAGCUCCUCCACAGGCCCCCAGACCCGCAGCAUGUCCACGCUCUGCGCUGGUACAGACACAUAGCAGCCCUGCAGCAGGACCUCCUCCACCCUGAGAGCAGCAUAAAAGGGAAGCGGGUGCAGCCCCCUUGGUCUCCACCAGCAGGAACAGAGGUUCCCCGACUCCGACUCUACAACAGCCUGACAAGAGCAAAGGAGCCGUUCGUUCCCCAGAGAGGGAAUAAAGUCACAUGGUACUGCUGUGGACCGACAGUGUAUGAUGCCUCACACAUGGGACACGCCAGGUCCUACAUAUCUUUUGAUAUUCUGCGAAGGAUACUGAAGGACUACUUCAAGUACGAUGUCCUCUACUGCAUGAACAUCACAGACAUAGACGACAAAAUCAUUAAAAGGGCCCGGCAGAACUACCUCCUGGACCAGUACAAGGAGAAGCAGCCACAAGCUGCUCAAAUACUGCAGGACGUCCUGAGCGCCAGAGGGCCCUUUCAGGCCAACUUGGCUGGGACGACAGACCCAGAUAAGAAGCAGAUGCUGGAGAGGCUGGACGCCGCGGUUACAGCCGCUCUGCAGCCCCUGCAGGCAGCGAUGGAGGGCAAAGCAGCAGACGAGGUCGUACGACCUCUGGCACAGGUGCUGUUGGAGAACUCCAAGGACUUGCUGGCUGAUUGGUUGGAUACGCAGUUUGGAAGUCAAGUCACAGAGAAUUCAAUCUUCUCCAUUCUCCCUAACUAUUGGGAGGGAGAGUACCACAAAGACAUGGACGCCCUGAAUGUUCUUCCCCCAGAUGUCCUCACUCGAGUCAGUGAAUACGUGCCUGAGAUCGUGGAGUUUGUGAAGAAGGUUGUCUCAAAUGGUUACGGGUAUGAAUCAAACGGUUCUGUUUACUUUGACACCUCGAAGUUUGAUGCCAGUCCGCAGCACUCGUAUGCCAAACUGGUGCCAGAGGCGGUUGGAGAUCAGAAAGCUUUACAAGAGGGAGAAGGUGACCUGAGCAUCUCUGCUGACAGAUUAGGUGAGAAAAAGUCUCCCAAUGACUUUGCCUUGUGGAAAGCCUCUAAGCCUGGAGAGCCUUCAUGGGAUUCUCCGUGGGGGAAGGGAAGGCCGGGCUGGCAUAUUGAAUGUUCGGCCAUGGCUGGCUCCAUCUUGGGAGAGUCCAUGGACAUCCACGGUGGGGGGUUUGAUCUUCGAUUUCCCCAUCACGACAAUGAGUUGGCUCAGUCUGAGGCUUUCUUUGAGAACGAUUACUGGGUCAGAUACUUCCUGCACACCGGACACCUGACGAUCGCAGGCUGCAAGAUGUCGAAAUCCCUGAAGAAUUUCAUCACCAUUAAAGAUGCCUUGGCAAAGAACACAGCUCGUCAGCUCCGUCUGGCUUUCUUGAUGCAUUCCUGGAAAGACACCCUGGAUUACUCCUCCAACACAAUGGAGUCGGCCGUCCAGUACGAGAAGUUCAUGAAUGAGUUCUUCCUGAAUGUGAAAGACAUAAUGCGCGCUCCUACUGACAUCACCGGGCGCUUUGAGAAGUGGGAGGCAGCAGAGGUGGAGCUCAACAACAGUUUCUACGACAGGAAGUCUGCCGUCCACGAGGCUCUGUGUGACAACGUGGAUACCCGCACCGCCAUGGAGGAGAUGAGAGUGCUGGUCGGCCUUAGCAACAGCUACAUCGCCAGCAAGAAGAGCGCCAAGCUGCGGCCCAACCGCAUGCUGAUGGAGAGCAUUGCCGUCUAUCUCACCAACGUGAUGAAGAUAUUUGGUGCCAUUGAAGGAUCGGAGCCCAUCGGUUUCCCAGUGGGAGGACAAAGUCAGAGCAUUGAUCUGGAGAGCACAGUGAUGCCGUACCUCGCAGUGUUGUCAGACUUCAGAGAGGGAGUCAGAAAAAUUGCCCGAGAGCAGAAAGUGACGGAGCUGCUGCAGAUGUGUGACGUUGUCCGUGACGAUACGUUACCGGAGCUCGGCGUGCGACUGGAAGAUCAUGAAGGCCUGCCCACGGUGGUGAAACUGGUGGACAAGGAGACAUUACUGAAGGAGCGAGAGGAGAAGAAGCAGAUGGAAGAGGAGAAGAAAAGAAAGAAGGAAGAGGCUGCCAGGAAGAAACAAGAACAAGAGAUGGCCAAACUGGCUAAGAUGAAGGUCCCUCCAUGUGAAAUGUUCCGCACAGAAACCGACAAGUAUUCCAAAUUCGAUGAUAUGGGUUUCCCCACUCACGACGUUGAAGGGAAGGAGCUGAGCAAAGGACAAGCCAAGAAGCUGCGCAAGGUCUACGAGGCCCAGGAGAAAUUACAUAAUGACUACCUUCAGAUGAACCAAAAUGGCAACUGAUUUUGUUUCCAAGCUUUUCCAAGCCAUCCAUUCUACAGAAAACAUUCAGAAUAAAUGUUUAGGCCAGA